UAGCCCCGCCCACUCCGUUUUCCACACACGCGUGUUGCCUGUUUGCAAGCAUGGCUUCUUCAGCUAAGAGGAGAGCGGUGGGUUUGAGCGUGAAUGCCGAGGAAAGUGAGAACAGCUCCGAUGAGAGUCCGGAGGGAGAUGAGGAGUCCGGGGAGGGAGACAGCGACGCGUCCGAGGAGGAGAUCAAUGAGGUGGUCAUGGUUGACUUUGAAGCCCACACCAUCUCAGUCAAUGACUUCGAUGGUGUCAAGAAACUCUUACAACAGCUCUUCCUGAAGGCUCAUGUAAAUACUUCAGAGAUGACAGACCUCAUCAUUCAACAGAAUCAUAUUGGAAGUGUCAUCAAGCAAGCUGAUGUGCCAGAAGACAGCGAUGACGACGACCCUGAUCAAGUAUUUGGCUUCAUCUCUAUGCUCAACCUUACAGAGAGAAAGGACGUGCAAUGUGUGGAGGAGUUGAAGGAGCUGAUCGUGGAUCAGUGUGAGAAGAACUCUACCCAGACUGAGACUGAUCAGCUAGAGCAGAUCCUCAAUGACCCCAGCAAGCCUGUUGGGUUACUUCUGAGUGAGCGCUUCAUCAACGUGCCCCCACAGAUCGCCCUCCCGCUGCACAAACAGCUCCAGGAAGAAAUAGCUGAUGCUCAGAGUACGAAUAAGCCCAGUGGGAAGUGUCACUAUUGUCUGAUGAUCAGCAAGACCUGCAAAGAGGCAAACAAGAGUAUUCCAGCCAGAGGAGGAGCUCCCAAAGAUGAAUACCUGUUUGUCAAUGCAGAGGAGGAAUUCUUCUAUGAGCAAGCCAUCAUGAAGUUCCACUACUCGGUCCAGGAUGAGGCAGACACCUGUUUGGGCGGCAGAUGGUCGUUCGACGAUGUACCCAUGAAACCUUUCAGGACGGUGAUGCUGAUACCAGCAGACAGAAUGCCAGCUAUUAUGACCAAACUCAAAGAAUUCCUGACUGUGUGAACCGAACCAAUAAAAUAUGACGGCUGUGCAAACUAAAGACCUUUAGACUCAUGGAAAUGGUUCAAUAUACUCUAUAAGAGACUUUAGGAUGAAAUGUUUUGGUACCAUCAGCUAUAGUAGUGCCAGUAUUAUAAAGCUGACAUUUAGUACAUGUGCAGUGACUUUCUUUUCUUUUUUUAAAGCAAUUUUUAGAGAUGUAGUUUUUACAAAUUCCCGGUUAAAUUUUAUUUACCCUGCUCAUAAUGCAGAAACAUACAAUUGUAUCAUGUGAAUAUCAAUAUAAAUACAGCACUAAGUCUUGUUUUUUUUAAAGAGUUGUUUAUAACAAGAUUAUGAGCCAAGAAAAUUCAAUAUUAUAAAUGGUAUGUUAAUGACAACAGAUAUGUGAGCUUGGUGUCUAGCCUCAGCAGAUGGAGGAUUUGUCAUUUGCAAUUAACGGUUAAGCUCUAUAAAUGUAUCCAAAGAAUAGCAAAUCCAGAUUUCACUUCCACAUAACUUGGUAGAAAGCAUAUUUUCACAAAUUUAAUCUUGAUUGUUGACUUGAAAUGGAAGAUACAAAAGAAAAGAUUUUUGAAAACUUGUGAAUCUUGAAUGGAGUUGUACCAUUUGACUGAGGAUUUUCUAUGUGAACAUCUCUGUAGAUCUCUUACCGUCUUUAAUAAUAAAUGCUUUAUAUAUCUACA